AUCCACUCUCUUUUGAUUCCUAACUUGGGAGUUGCUCUUAGUUGAGUGCGCUAAUGGCAACCAUGGGGUACUGUGUCUUGGUGACAGUUGUAGGUGCAUGGUUAGGUUUGUUGAUGGCCUUUGCUCAGUUUUCCUUUCUCUUCACUGGGCUGGCCUUGUUCAUAUGCACCCUCUUUGUUUACUUGUAUGCUCCUUCAUGGAGAGUAAGGCAUGUCCCUGGUCCUCCUGCAACACCUAUCCUUGGGCAUCUGCCUUUACUUUCUAAACAUGGCCUUGGUCUGUUCUGCCUCCUUAAGAAACAGUAUGGACCCAUAUAUAGAUUUCAAUUGGGAAGGCAGCCGCUGAUAAUUGUGGCCAGUGCAGAACUGUGCAAAGAAGUUGGCAUCAAGAAAUUCAAAUCCAUGCCCAAUCGAAGCAUCCCCUCCCCACUUGCAACAUCUCAUCUGCAUCUCAAGAGUCUCUUUCUUACCAGGAAUGCAAGAUGGUCUACAAUGAGAAGCGCGAUAACCAGCAUCUACCAACCCUCGCACAUCGCAAGCUUAGCACCAGAGAUGAACCACAUUAUACGAAAUGCUGCACUCAGUUUCACCAACAGAGAAGAUGAGGACAUAGAUUUCUCUGAUUUCUCGCUCAAGCUGGCCAAUGAUGUUAUUGGGAAAGCUGCAUUUGGAGUAGAUUUUGGUCUCACAAGCAACACCCCUGACGCUGAGAAAGAAAUAUCAGAUUUCAUAAACAAGCACAUCUACUCCACCACAUCACUCAAGAUGAACUUGAAUGCAACGUUUUCAGCCUUCUUAGGCCUUUUCCUUCCAAUUAUGCAAUGGCCAGCCAAACGGAUCCUCGAGAGGAUUCCCGGGACAGCAGACUGGCAAUACAGGUUAACUUACAGCUGCCUCAGUCAGCAUUUGAAUAACAUUGUGAAGAAGAGAUUAAGGAGCCAGAAUUUGGAGCGCAAGGACUUCUUGUCAGUGCUCCUAAGCAACAGGAAGUUUGCAGAUGAUACAAAAGUGUUCACACCAGACUACAUCAGUGGUCUUACUUAUGAGCACCUCCUAGCUGGGACAACCACAACUGCGUUCACCUUGUCCGCUGUAGCAUAUCUGGUUGCAGCUCAUCCAGAGGUGGAAAAGAAGUUGUUGGCUGAGAUCGACUCGUUCGGGCCUCCUCAUCGGGAGGCAGCUGCAGAGGAUCUUCACAAGUUUCCUUACCUAGAUCAGGUUGUAAAGGAGACCAUGAGGUUUUAUGUUGUCUCCCCACUUAUUGCUAGAGAAACAUUGGAAGAGGUGGAGAUUGGGGGAUAUAGACUACCUAAGGGUACAUGGAUUUGGAUGGCAAUACAUGUGCCGGCUCAAGAUCCAGAAAACUUCCCAGAACCAGAAAAAUUCAAGCCUGAGAGAUUUAAUCCUGGCUGUGAGGAGGAGAAGAAACGGCAUCCAUACGCACUCAUUCCUUUUGGGCUUGGGCCACGGAUGUGUGUUGGCUCCAGAUUCACUACACAAGAGAUAAAGCUUGCAUUGAUACAUCUCUAUCAGAGGUUUGUUUUCAGGCACUCCCCUAACAUGGAAAACCCUCUGGAAUUCGACUUUGGCAUCAUUAUGAACUUCAAGUAUGGAGUUAAGCUUCGAGCCAUAAAGCGCUUCCCCACUCGAGUUUGAGAAACUGCAAGCAAUGUUGUCAGUUCCUCUGGGAUAUGUACAGCAGGGAGACGUAGUCUCUUCAGUAUGUAAAUAAUAAACUAAACUGGUAUUAGCGCAUGAAUAACUAGAAAAAAAUGUUUAUGGAUCUCUCUCUCUCUCUUUUUCAAAAUAGUCAAGCAGAAGUUUCAAUGCAUUCUGCCUGGAUCAUUGACAAGAAAUAAGAGAAGUUAGCACUUGCAAACAGUGAAUACUUGGUCUCUCUGUCCAACAAUCAACUACAUGUCAGAUCCCGCAAUUAUAAUGUGUGGAUAACAAAAUUCAACAUCAGCAACUAAUGUGGUGAACAAAAGGCUCAAUCGGUCUAAAAUAUUUUGCUGAAAGAAAUUGACCCUAUUGGCAAGUUUUUCAAAGGCACUAUAGAUUAAUGUAAAACAAGAAAAAGCAUAAAGAGGAAAGGCAAAGGACUGUGACUGGGAGCUCGGUGGCCUAGCUGCACAAUCUUUUUGCCUUGAUGACACGAAUAGCAACAACUCCUUGACGCAGUGAUUUUUGGUAAAAGUUGAAACAACUAAAGACAGGCACAUAAUGGCAUAAACGUAGACAGCGA